AUGCACGUCGCCUACGCUGCAUUGCUAGCGGCCGCCGUCGCGCUCGCGGCGCCAGCUGCUGCGUCCGAGCCGCUCUCCCCCCGCUCCGCCCCGCCCCUCUCGGUACCGCUGAAGCAACUGCCAAAGCGCUCCACGACGGACGACGAGCGCAUUCAGUGGCUCAAGGACCAGGCAACAAACCUGCGUCACAAGUACGCGCCGCACCUGUCUGACCGCGAGCUCGAGUACCUGAAGCGCGGGCUCGACGACCGCGCCGAGCGUCAGCGCCAAAAGCGCGCGGGCACGGCCCCGGCCGCGAGCAUGAACCUCGUCGACAUCAACACCGACGCAAUAUACGCCGGCGCACUAUCCAUCGGAACCCCGCCUCAGCAGUUCCUCACGAUUGUUGACACUGGAAGCUCAGACCUCUGGGUGCUCGAGGCUGGGUGCGGUCAGUGCGAUGGCAUGACGGCGUUCGACGACAAGACGAGUUCGACGUUUGUCAACACUGGCGCGCCGUUCAAGGUCUCGUACGGCUCGGGCGAUGCUUCGGGCACCAUCGUCACGGAUACCGUGUCAAUGGACUCGUUCACCGUGCAGCAGCAGGGCUUUGCCCUUGUCAAUCAGUCAACGGCGUCCCUCAUAUCGCCGCCGUCGUCGGGCGUCAUGGGCCUUGCCUGGCAGAAGAUUUCCUCGACGAAACAGGCCCCCUGGUGGCAGACGCUUGCGUCCACCACAUGGGCCGACCCCCAGUUUGGCGUCUACAUGGCACGAUACCGAAACCAGCCCGGCGCGCAGUCGAUCGAGAACAACGGUGGCGAGAUUACCUUUGGUGGCGUCAACAGCUCGUACUUUACGGGCCAGAUCAACUACAUGUCUAUUGCCGACUCGAAUCUCGACUACUGGCGCCUGCCGAUUGCCAGCAUCGCGGUGGGGAGCAAGGACACAGGGUACAAGAGCUCGUCCCCUAACGCCGCUAUUGACACUGGCACCACUUUGAUCGGCGGCCCCAGCAACGCCAUUGCCGCCAUCUACGCCCAGAUUCCCAACGCGUCGCCGAUGGGCGCGGCCACGGGCAUGCAGGGUUACUACCAGUACCCGUGCAGCCAGAAAAUCAACCUCAAGAUGGGCUUUGGAAACCAGGUCUGGACCAUGUCGGACGACGACUUCAACUUUGCCCGUGCCUCCGACUCGAACCCCGACAUGUGCGUUGGAUCCUUCUUCGCCGUCGACAUGAGCAGAAACCCUCUGGUUUCGUGGAUCGUCGGCGCGAGUUUCCUCAAGAACGUCUACUCGGUCUACCGGUAUGACCCGCCUGCCGUUGGCUUUGCCGCCCUCACCAAGGGCGGCGCGGCGCCCGAGCAGGUGAACGGCGGAGGCAGCGGCGCCAACGGCUCGACCUUUGGCUCCAACAACAACAAUGGCAGUGGUGGUGGCUCUGGUGGCGGCUCAAGCAACGCUGCUGCGCCGUCUACUACUGCGACUGGCUACACUCUUGCGCUCGUCGCCAUUGCAUGCGUGCUCGCCAUGCACACGUAA